GGGCGCGGAGUCCCGGAUGACGAGAGCGCUAGCUCGGCCGUCGGAGACAGUCAGCCAUGGGUCUCCUGUCGGACCCGGUGCGGCGGCGCGCGCUCGCCCGCCUCGUGCUGCGCCUCAAUGCGCCGCUCUGCGUGCUGAGCUACGGGGCGGGCAUCGCCUGGUUCCUGGCGCUGGCUUUCCCGCCGCUGACCCAGCGCACUUACAUGUCGGAGAACGCCAUGGGCUCCACCAUGGUGGAGGAGCAGUUUGCGGGCGGAGACCGUGCCCGCAACUUUGCCCGGGACUUCGCUGCCCACCGCAGGAAGUCGGGGGCUCUGCCAGUGGCCUGGCUGGAGCGAGCGAUGCAGUCAGUGGGGCUGGAGGUGUACACGCAGACCUUCUCCCGGAAAUUGCCCUUCCCAGAUGAGACCCACGAGCGCUAUAUGGUGUCAGGCACUAAUGUGUAUGGUAUCCUGAGGGCCCCGCGUGCUGCCAGCACUGAGUCCCUGGUGCUCACGGUGCCUUGCGGCUCCGACUCUACCAACAGCCAGGCUGUGGGGCUACUGCUGGCGCUUGCUGCCCACUUCCGAGGGCAGAUUUACUGGGCCAAGGACAUCAUCUUUCUGGUGACAGAGCACGACCUCCUGGGCACCGAGGCUUGGCUUGAGGCGUACCACGACGUAAAUGUCACUGGCAUGCAGUCCGCACCGCUGCGGGGCCGUGCUGGGGCCAUCCAGGCAGCCGUGGCCCUGGAGCUGAGCAGUGAUGUGGUCACCAGCUUGGAUGUAGCUGUAGAGGGGCUGAACGGGCAGCUGCCCAACCUCGAUUUGCUGAACCUUUUCCAGACUUUCUGCCAGAAAGGGGGGCUGCUGUGCACGUUGCAGGGCAAGCUGCAGCCCCAGGACUGGGCAUCGCUGGACGGGCCCCUGCAGGGCUUGCAGACGCUGCUGCUGAUGGUUCUGAGGCAGGCCUCUGGCUGUCCCCAUGGCCCCCAUGGCCUCUUCCUGCGCUACCGUGUGGAGGCCCUGACCCUGCGUGGUAUAAACAGCUUUCGCCAGUACAAGUAUGAUCUGGUGGCAGUGGGCAAGGCCUUGGAGGGCAUGUUCCGUAAGCUCAACCACCUACUGGAACGGCUGCACCAGUCCUUCUUUCUCUACCUGCUGACGGCCCUAUCACACUUCGUCUCCAUCGGCCUCUACAUGCCCGCUGCCGGAUUCCUGCUUCUUGUCCUGGGACUGAAGGCUCUGGAACUGUGGAUGCAGCUCCAUGAGGCCGGAGUAGGUCCCGAGGAGGCUGGAGGGACGCCUGGACAUGUGCCUCCCCUCCCCCCAGCACAGGGUGUAGGGCUGGCCUCGCUCGUGGCGCCCCUGUUGAUUUCACAGGCUGUGGGCCUGGCCCUUUACAUCCUGCCUGUGCUGAGCCAGCAUGUGGCUGCCCAGCAUUUCCCCGUGGCUGAGGCAGAGGCUGUGGUGCUGACGCUGCUGGCCAUCUAUGCAGCAGGCCUGGCUCUCCCGCACAACACCCACAGGGUGGUGAACACACAGGCCCCAGAUAGGGGCUGGAUGGCGCUGAAGCUGGUGGCCCUCAUCUACCUGGCCCUGCAGCUGGGCUGCGUCGCCCUCAUCAACUUCUCUCUGGGCUUCCUGCUGGCCGCCACCAUGGUGCCCGCUGCUGCACUCGCUGAACCCCGUGGGCCCCGGCCGGUCUACGCUGUCUUGCUGGUGCUGACGAGCCCAGCAGCCACACUCCUGGGCAGCCUUUUCCUGUGGCGGGAGCUGCAGGAAGCGCCGCUUUCCCUGUCGGAGGGUUGGCAGCUCUUCCUGGCGGCGCUGUCCCAGGGCGUGUUGGACCACUAUGCCUACGGUGCUCUGCUUUUCCCAAUGGUGGCCCUGGGUUUCUAUCCUUGUUGGCUGCUGUUCUGGAAUGUGCUUUUCUGGAAGUGACAUUUGCUGCCCUGACGGCAGGCUGUGGCGGGACUCCCCAAACACCCAUUUUUCUGGGAAAUAAACAGGUGUUUUGUUUCA